CUCUCUCUCUCUCUCUCUCUCUCUCUCUCUCUCUCUAGGUUCGAGAAAGUGUAUGCAACAGAAUCCAAUCCAACCUAUAAAGAAUACAAUCACCCUUAACUCCAUGAAGUAAAAAAAACUGACAAACCCCAGACCCUUAAAAAAAAUUCUUGCCUUAGCUAAUCUGAUAAACUUCCCUCUCUCCUAUUCUCUUCCUUCCUCCAGUUCUUUUAUAGACCCAAUUAUUAUAACCACAUUCAUCAUGCAAUGAUAGUCUUGUUCUGUACUUGUUUACUUGAUCUGUGUCUUUGAUAUACAGAGGGCAUCUUCUCCUAGAAAAAUAAAAUAUAGAAUGAAAAAUAUGGGUGGCAGUAGUACUAGUAGUCGUACUUCUUUGCUUUUCAAGAUCAUGCUUGGAGCACUAGCAUUAGUGGGGUUUAUUUUUCUUUUGUUGGUUGGUAACCAGGAAAGUGGAAGAGCAAAAAUGGAGACAACAUUAUCGACUCAGUCUGGUGCAAAUUUCAAAGGCAAGGAGAAGCUUGUCGACCAUCCGGAGUUGGAUCUCAACUACAUGAGCAAAAGAAGAGUUCCCAAUGGACCAGAUCCUAUACAUAACAGGAGAGCUGGGAACUCUGGAAGACCUCCUGGUCAAAAAUCCUAGACAUCAUCAAGUUCAACAAGCUUCAUGAAACUCAAUUAAUUUGCAGGAGAUGAUGCAAGCAUGUUUGUAUUUCUUAGAUAUGGGCCUAUAGAUAACCCUGAAAAAUACUCAAGAAUCCAAUCAUGCAUGCAAAUCUUAUUUUACAAUUACCCUAUUUGUUAUGGGGGAGUAAAGAAAAGGAAGCUUGUCGCACACAAAAUACACUCAAAAGAAUCCCAGACGAAGAUUAAUCAGCCUUUGUAGAAAUUCCACUUCAGUUUUUUUGCAUUCUCUUUGAUUAUUUUUUUUAGAGUGAGAAAUAGAGAGUGAGCAAUUUUAGCAUAUGAGUAUCAAUCUUUGCAUGUAAAAGACCAAAAAUAUAAUUAAGUUAAUAGUAAGCAUAGCAUGCAUAUCUACGAGCUAGAUUUGAAGAACCCAAAGAUGUCCUGGCAUACUUAGCAGUGAUAUGCAUGCAUGGGAAGGGUACAUGUACCGGUCACUAUCUAUCAAAGUCAUCUUUGGCUUUGGAUUUGUUCAGAGUUUUAAACAUAUAUUUUAUUCCAUUAAUUACUUUAAAGAUGUGGCAUGAGUUCCAAAA